AUGAGUAGUAAUCCGAAACCGAUAAAAAGUUCAUCAGAGCCUAGUACAUCACGAGUUGCAAGAAGAAAACGACUAAAUAGUUCGGAAGUGGAAGAAUUUUUACGGGACUCAGACGAAGAUGUUUAUGCAGGGAGUGAUGUAGAUUAUUUAAACUACAUAGCCGAUGAAGGUGAUGCAAGUUCAGAAUCUGCAGGAGACGAGGAGGAGGAGGAAAACGUAGAGGCUGUGCCUGAACAACGUUUCGAUGCCUCUAGUGUUCAGACUCCAUCGUCGCCACCGACUGACCUUCAGCAGCCAUCCAGAACAGCAUCUACGACACGUUGGACUACCGAUUCUAGUUCGAUGAGAGAUAUUUCUUUCACGAAGACAAAUGAACUGCUUGUGCCACCACCAGACAGGCCUAAUCAGUAUGUUGAUUUAUUUCUUACUGAUUACUAUCUACAAAAAAUCGUCGAUUCCACUAAUAGAAAUGCAGAAAACAUAAGGAAUUCUACGCAGUUUCGCAGGUCUCGUAUUACGAAUUGGAAACCACUAACUAUAGAAGAAUUGAAAAUAUUUAUUGAUUUACUUUAUCACACUAGCACAGAGAAAAUGAAACGCUUGGUUGAUUACUGGAAAUCGCAUCGAUUGUAUAAGUCAGUUUUAUCUGAACAUAUGUUGAGAAACAGGUUCCAACUUAUUUUGCGAUGCCUACAUUUUGUUGAAGAAGGUGACGAUCCUGCCCGCAUGAAGAAAUGCAAAAUGAUAAUUAAUACCUUCAAUGAAACAAUGGACAGGAUUUAUUAUCCUGGUAGAAAUUUGUCUUUGGAUAAAUCUAUGGUUUUAUUUCGUGGCCGCCUGAUAUUUCGGCGAUACAUAAAAGGAAAACGACACAAAUACGGAAUAAAACUCUAUAUAUUGUUAGAACCAAAUGGAACUAUCAUAAGAGUUCAUGUUUUUGCCAGUACAAUGGAUGAAACUUUUGGCCGAGGACACACAGAAAAAAUUGUAGAAAAGUUUAAUCAAAAUAAUUUAGAUUUCGGCCACGCUGUCUUUAUGGACAAUUUUUAUAAUAGCUAUAGCUUAGCUACCAAAUUAUUGGACAGGAAUAUCUACUGCACUGGCACAUUGAACAAGAAACGCAAAGAUAAUCCAUCAGAAGUGAUUUCCAAAAAAACUAAAAAAAGGUGA